GAUGACUUGAAAUUAUGUUUAACCCUUACUAAAAAGGAGCUAGAAAAAAAAAAUGCUUUAGUAAAAGAAAUGGAAAUAGAUACUAAAUUUAAAGAAAAUCAAAUUAAAACUCUGAGAGAAGACCAAAAAAUUUUAGAAAAUAGAAUAGAUAGAUUAGUUAAAAAUGAAAUAUUUAAUCAAAAUUACAUUGAAACACUAACCAAUACAAUACAGGAAAACCAAUCUAGCCAACAAAAGAAGCAACUAGAAAUCACUGAAUUAAAUGAUUCGAACAACUAUCUUAAAAAUGUGCUUUCAACAAAAGCAUCCGAAUUGGAUGAAAAAGAAAACACUUAUCAAAAUAAAAUAAAAAGCUUAGAUUCAAAAAUUGUAAAACUCGAUGAAGAAAAUAUUAACUUACAGCUUGAAACUGCAAGUAAAAUGUCUGAAAUAAAGAUAUUAAAAGAUAAAAUACAUGACUUUCAGUCUAAAGAACAGAAAUUGAAUCAACAACUAAGAGAUGUUAUGAAUAAAUAUAAAAUUUUAGAACAAAAGUUAAGUGCAACUAUUGAUGUUAAUGUAAAAUUAGAAGAAGAUCGCAGAAAAAAAAAUGAUGAAUUAAUAUCUUGUGAAAAUAAGAACAGUGUUUUAAUGAAACAAUUAGAAAGCCAGAAUUCAGCUAUUGGACACUUUAAACAACAAUUAAAAAGUGCAGAAGACGUUCUAUUAGAUCAAAAGACUCAGGCUGAAAAAGAUAAUCAAGUUUUUAAAUUGAAGAUCACUGAAUUAAAUGAUUCGAACAACUAUCUUAAAAAUGUGCUUUCAACAAAUGAAUCCGAAUUGGAUGAAAAAGAAAAAAUUUAUCAAAAUAUAAUAAAAAGCUUAGAUUCAAAAAAUUUAAAACUGGAUGAAGAAAAUAUUAACUUACAGUAUGAAACUGCAAGUAAAAUGUCUGAAAUAAAGAUAUUAAAAGAUAAAAUACAUGACUUACAGUCUAAAGAACAGCUUAUCAAAUAA